AUGGCAGAGUUCCCUAGUCCAUCGAACCGCAGAACACUGGUAGCUUCUAGAGUUCAAUCGCCUACAAGCACCUUCAUACUCGGUUCAAACGACGACAAACUCGAAAGGGACCAAGCGCGAGCCGCCCGCGCUGCAGCCGUACGCCGAAGAUCUGCUGCUUUUUCCGCCGCUGCUGCAGCAGCAGCAGCACCACCUCCGGCUUCAGUACACCUUGACAAGAACCAGAUUCUCGAUUUGUACAACAAUUGCAUCAAGCUCGCCAGUGAAAAUAAAAUCAACCAGAAUAAUACAUGGGAGCUGAAUCUGAUAGAUCACUUGUCGGAUGUUUUAAAAAUGGAGGAAGAUGAUGGAACAGAAACCAAUUUUCAGAAGGCAAGUUGUACUCUAGAAGCUGGCGUUCAAAUCUAUUCCAUGAGGGUUGACUAUGUGCAUUCAGAGGCAUAUAAAGUCCUUGGUGUUAUUAAUCGGGUGGGCCGAAAAGAUGAAGAAGGAUCCAAAUAUAGUCAGGGUGAAAGCAGUUCUAAUAAAGGGUCAGACUGGGAGGUAUCACCUUUAUCAACACUUCAAUCGUCAUUUGAGGCUCUCAAUGUGAAGAAGUUUGAUGUUGCAUUCACAGUGGAUCCUCUUUAUCAUCAAACAUCUGCACAGUUUGAUGAAGGUGGAGCCAAGGGUUUAUUGUUGAAUCAUCUUGAGAUAUAUGGAAGCUGUCAAGUUCUCUUUGACUCAUUUGAAGUGCCAGGGAAGUUUAUGAAAUGUGGCAACCAACUCUGUAAUCAAGAUACUAUUGAUCUUUCUUUUGCCAAAGAUUGCAUUGACAAGAUGGUGGUGGGCAUGCACUCGUCGGAGGAAAUUUCUCCCACACUCAAGCACAUAGUGAAUCUUUUUGAUGAAAGCGAACGAAGGUCAUCCAAUACAUUUACUUCAGUUAACCAUGUACAAGAGGAAUUCCAUGAAACUUGCAACGACGCCAACAAUAGGGAUAAUGCUGAGCUGGGAUUGGAUGACAGUGAAUUUGACAAUGGUGAGACAUGGGCUUUCAAGAAUGCUGAUCUGGAAAGUGUAGUUGGUGAAGAUCUGUAUGGAGGAGAUCCUAGCUUCGGAGAUUAUCAUGAGGAUAAUCUGGAAAAUAGAUUCGAUAAUGUUGACGAUUAUAUGUAUCUGAGCUUGGGGAUUAACUCAAAACACAAUGCCUGGGCGGGUCCUGAUCAUUGGAAGUAUAGGAAGGUAAAAUUAGGUUUAGCUGAAGCAUCCAAAGAAGAUGGAUUGGCUGAGGCAAAGAAGGCCAAGAGCAAAAGAGCAAUAGAAGUUGAUAUCGAUUUAAUGAAAGCAUUGGAUAAUGAUUUCAUGAAAGCAUUGGCUGAUAUUUUCGCACCUCCUAAGAAUCCCAAGUCGCUACUUCUUUCAGCAAAUAGAGCACCUAUCAACACAAAGCUACCAGAGGAUUGCCACUACGAACCUGAAAAUCUUGUCAAGCUAUUUCUUUUACCUGAAGUCAUGGUAAUGACUUGUUUAACUUAUUUUUGUGGCUUUUGA